CUAGCCGAUGACUGUAUAAGUUUACAAGUUAAUACGUGAACAGAACGUAAAUAAACAUUGACACGUGUUUAUGGGUGCGGGCAGGCGCAUGCGUCCUGCGCAGCGCCGCUCAUCGAUCCCGACUCCAGUCCCGGCACACUAUACGUGAUGCUAGGCUCAGCUCUUGUCUAUCUUUCUAGUAAAUUCCAGACCACCGUUUUGGACGCUUACUUUACGUCCGAAAUCAGUUUAGGCAGUUAUUCAUGUUUAAACUCGUCUAAGCUAAAAUGACGCGCCCCACACACACACGCACAAUGUACGUACUUAAACAAAAUACGCUCGUUCAGUCAGUUGUUAGUUUGACUCAGACGCAGGAGCACGUGUCGAUUGAUAAAGUACCGUCAGCAUGGCAAGCAAAAAGCAUCUUCAAAGUCAGUCAAAAGAAAUUAUUGCGAAAGUAUACCACCGAAUGAAAUAUGAAGCGGAAAAUGGAGUAGAAAAACCUACUGAUGCUAGGUGGCGAACUGCCCAAGCCGUUGGUACUAGUGAAUCCACGAUUACGCGAAUUUUGAGAGAAGAAAGACAAGCUUCUACAUCAAAGGAUAAGUCGCAGAAAAUUUUCAAAUUGCCCCCAAGACCAAAAAGGAUGCGUACUAAGUGUAAGCUCGAUGAUUUUGACAUGGGUGUACUCCGAAGAACGAUCGCAACAUUUCAUACGGAAUUUAAUGAAGUGCCCACACUGAGUAAACUUAAACAAGUUUUGACAGAAAGAAUUGGUUUUGAUGGCUCCAUAGAAACUCUGCGUACCAUUUUGAACAAAUCUGGCUACGAGUGGUCGAAAAUGGAUGACAACGGUAAAGCUCUGGUUGAAAAACACGAUAUACAAAUGACUCGCUUUCAAUACUUGACACAAUUAAAAAAAUAUCGUGAAGAAGGCCGAUAUAUCGUAUUUACAGAUGAAACUUAUGUAGACACGAAACAUAUUCAAAACAUGUGCUGUAAACUAGGUAUGGGGGUCAUAAUUGUUCACGCUGGUGGAUGUGAAGGAUUCGUUCCAAACGCUCCUUUAGUGUAUAAAGCAAAGGCAACAAAUGGUGAUUAUCGCAACAAUAUUCAUUUUGAGGAUUAUAAAAAGUGGCUCACCGCAAAAUUACUGCCUAACCUCCCGAAAAAUGCAGUCGUCGUGGUGGAUAACGCUUCUUACCACAAUGCCUUGUCAGACAAAGCUCCCAACUACAAUUCCAACAAGAAUGAGAUGCAGACAUGGCUUGCUGAAAAAAAUAUUCCGUUUGACGAUACAAUGAAGAAAAUAGAGCUAUACGAUUUAAUUUUAAAAAAUAGAGAUCGAUUAAAAAGCUACAUUAUCGACGAACUGAUUCGGUCGAAAGGGUUCGAAAUUUUACGACUACCCGCUCACCACCCUGAACUCAAUCCCAUUAAAACCAUAUGGGAGACAUUAAAAACCUACUUGGCAAACAAAAAUGCAGCACAAGAUUUAACAUCAAUUAUGUCGCUAAUAAAUGAACGACUUGAAAUGAUUGACAGAACAAUAUGGGCAAAUACAUGUCACCAUGUCGAAGAAAUAGAAAAACAGUAUUUACAAUAUUUUGACAUGGACAAUGAGUUUAAUAUUUAUGUUAAUCCUGAUUCAGAUGAAAGCGAUAGUAUGGAUAUGAGUGAAUAGUUAUAUUUUGUAGAAUUACACUCCUCAUGUUUGACUGCUUUAUACCUCUAAUAACUAUUUUUAAUUAUAUUUGAUCGUAAAUAAAGAAUUUAUAAAAUAU